AUGUCGAUGAACGGAAAUGGACCUCGCAAGCGACCACCUCCCGCGCAGCAGCGGGACACCAUCAAGCCGUGGCUGGACGGCAAGCAGCCGACGCUCAAGAUCGCCGACGUCUACUACGUCAUCUCCACAAAAUGGCUGAAGCAAUGGAAGGCCUACGUGUCCUUCGAUGAAGAGACCACCACACCUGCAGCAGCGGACGAAGGAGGAGGAGAUGGCGCGGCGGAAGGGACCGGCGAACAGCCGCGGAAGCCGCCCAACUCCAUCGACAACAGCGUCCUGCUCAAGGACCCGGGCUUCAAGUCCAAGGGCAACGAGCCCGUCAUAAAGACCAAGGCCAUCGAGGGCGUCGAUUUCAUUCUCAUCCCACAGAAGCCCUGGGCCUACCUCUACAAAUGGUACGGUGGUGGGCCAGAGCUGGCUCGCGAGGUGAUCGGGGACGGGAAGGAGGGCAGGGCGCUGAAGGUCGAAGUGUUCCCUCUCGCCCUGACCUUCAAGAACACCAACACCGAGGGCCAGAUCAACCCCUUCUCCGCCAUCGAGGUGGUGGUGAGCAAGAAGGCGACUGUGGGGUACCUCAAGUCGCUCGUGUGCCGCAAGAUGGAACUCGACUCCGCCCACACGCGAGUCUGGAACUAUGUCAAGAAUACAGGCAAAUUGAUCAAGGAAGAGAAUGUGACGCUGGAGGAGGCCAAACUGGUGGACGGCCAGAGCCUGCUCAUCGAAGUGCGGCUGGACGACGGCUCGUGGCCGCGCGACGGCAUCAAGAAGCGAAAGAGCAGCGGCAGCGUCAAGGACAAACUUGCCGACGGCAUCGCGGACGAGCACCAACCGAGGAAAUACCAGUCGGGCAGCCAUCGGCCAGUGGGCAGCGGCGGCGGCAGCGGCGGGAGCAGCGGCGGCUACGGCGGGUCGAGCGGCGACGUCAAGGCCCGGCCCGGCACCUCCAAGGGCGUGUGCGGCCUCGUCAACCUCGGGAACACGUGUUUUCUGAACUCGGCGAUCCAGUGCCUGAGCAACACGGUUGCGCUGACCGAAUUUUUCCUGUCCGACGCCUACAAGGCCGACAUCAACAAGUCCAACCCGCUCGGCAUGAAGGGCCAGCUCGCCGAAUGCUACGCGGGUGUGGUCGGGCGACUUCUCGGCCGUGGCACCGCGCAACCUCAAACGCUGCAUCGGCAAUUCAACGGCUUCUCCCAGCACGACGCCCAGGAAUUUCUCGCAUUCCUUCUCGAUGGCCUUCACGAGGACCUCAACCGAGUUUUGAACAAGCCCUACGUGGAGAUCAAGGAGAGCGACGGCCGAGCGGACGAGGAGGUGAGCAGGGAGGCCUGGGAGUGCCACCUCAAGCGAAACCGAUCCGUCAUCGUCGACCUCUUCCAGGCCGAAGUGUGGAAAGGUGAGCAUCACGUUCGACCCUUCAUGUACAUUUCCCUCCCCAUGCCUCCCGAGAGCGAUCGCCUCAUCGACAUCAUCCUCAUCCCCAACGAACCACACCGGAAGCCAGUCAUGUACAGCAUCAAGUGCGCGAAGUCGGCGCGCGUCCAAAUUUUGAAGGAGAAGCUCGAGGAGUAUUCGGGCCUCAGCCGGCGCAAGAUCUCCAUGGUCGACAUCGAGGACCACUACAUCCACGGCUUCAUCCCCGACGCGCGCUCCGUCGCCACCUUCCGCACCAACGCCACUGCCUUUGCAUUCGAGACCGUGGGUCCCGUGGAUCCCAAGCAAGCGCUGCGAGUGCAGAUCCUCCACCGACGGCGGAAGAUCCCGCGGCAGGCGUUCGGCAUGCCGUUCGUGAUGUAUCUGUCGACCAAGCGCACCACCGCGCGACAGCUCUACACCAUGGUCUGGCAUCGCCUCUCCCGCUUUGCCGAGUCCAACGGCGUUGGCGGUCACACUGGCGAGGACGGCCCGCACGCUGCGCUCAAGGACACCGCGGCGAAGUCGGACGACGACAAACCGUCGACGCCGGAGAACGGCGUCAACGGCCAAUCGGGCGAGAAGAAGAAUGGAGGCGACGACGCCUCGACGAAGACGAAAAAGAACGAAGACGACAGCGAAGCCGACACGGCGUCGUCGUCGGCGGAGCGGCACAAGGCCAAGGAGGUCCAGCUCACCGACACGGAGAGCGGUAGCAUGAGCGGCGAGAGCUUCACCAGCAAAGAGAAGGAGGAGUCCAAGGAGAGCCGCGAGCGCGACAGCGUCGAUAGCAAGUCGAGCAGCGUCACGGCCGCCACGGCCGCCACCUCCAACGGCGCCAGGCCGACCACCACCACCGCCAGCAGCAGCAGCAGCAGCCGGACGUCGGCGUCGAGUUCGGCGGCGGCCGCGCAGUCCUACGAGCCGUUCGACUGGCCGCCGCAGCUGGACUUCACGCUCGACUGGGCCCAGCUGCCCUUCCGCCUCUCCUACGUCUCCCAGAACGGCAGCUCCUGCGGCAAAUGCUCCAGUAGCUGCACGGGAUGUCCGAUCAAGCCGGACGACGAGCCGCUCAAGUUCAAGCAGGUCAACCUGCCCACCAUCGCUGUCGAUUGGGACCCCAAGCUCCUGCGCGAGUUCCUGUCCAUCGAAAAGGCCGAGGCAAGUCUCCUCCCUCCCUCCCGCCUUCAUUUCUUUUCUCCCAAGUCGAGCGCGUCGCUCAUGUCUGCCGAGAUUGAGGACCAUGAGAGCGUGGUCACCAACAAGAAACAGGCCAAGAGGCGUCUGUGCCUGGACGACUGCUUCCGCCUGUUUUGCAUGAACGAACAGCUGGGCGAAAACGACCAAUGGUAUUGCCCCAAGUGCAAGGACUUCCGGCAGGCGCGAAAGAAGUUUGAGCUCUGGCAGAUGCCGCAGACGUUGGUGAUCCACCUGAAGCGGUUCCAGUACACCCGGUUCUCGCGCGACAAAAUCAUCACCUUCUGCGACUUCCCCCUCACCGGGCUGGAUCUGUCGGAGUACGUACAGAACUGCACGCAGAGCCCCAUCUACGACCUCUACGCCGUCGCGAACCAUCAGGGCGGGCUGGGCGGCGGCCACUACACGGCCUUCGGGCUGAACGCGCGGGACAACCGGUGGUACCACUUCAACGACGGGUCGACGACGGCCGUGUCCGACGACGCCGUACGCACGUCGGCGGCCUACGUCCUGUUCUACAAGCUGCGCGAGGGCAACGACCACCACCAGGCGGCGCCGGCGGCCAAGAAGGGCAAAAAGGAGAGCGGCAAGGGCAAGGAGAAGGGUAAGGCGGCUGCUGACGUCAGCACGCCGAGCGAGGCCGAGGCGGCGGCUACCAAGGGCAAGGGCAAGGAGAUUGACGGCAAGGACGACGACGACGGCAAAGCGCAAGUCAAAAAGAACGAAGACGACGAUAACACGAACGCGACAACGACCAGCGAUGCCACGAGCAGUGACAGCGCGGCGUUCGUGGGCGGCAAGGAGAAGAACGCGAGCCGGACGGUGAGCGUCGAGAGCAUCGCCGUGGUCGAUGAACUACAACAGCAGCAGCACGACGACAACCGCCACGGCAGCACCAGCAGCCAGGGCACCAGGACCAAGAAGAAGAAGACGAACGGCACCAGCAGCAAGAGGAAGAACAGCGUCGCGUCUGUGGAUACCAACGGCACCGGCGGCGGCGAGCUCAGCAGCAGCCGCAGCCGCAGCAGCACGGGCGGCGGCCGAGGUAGGAGCAGCACGAGCAGCAACAACGGCGUCGGCGGCGGCCUGGGCUCGUCACCGUCGAAGACCAUCAACGGCGGCGUGUCGUCUUCGUCAUCGACGUCGCUCGAUAGCAGCAGCAGCACGAGCAGCAAGAAAACGAAGAAGCUCAAGAAGGAGAAGAAGGAAAAGAAAGAGAAGAAGGAAAAGAAGGAGAAGAAGAAGGAGACGUCGUCGCGAAAAGAGAAGAUGGCCGUCUAA